AGCAAGCAACAUACCCACUUCUGGUGUAGUCUGCGUCCGUGGGUUAAAGGUAAAACGUGUGGCGUUUUUACAUUUUUAGGGACGUCUGGGGUGAAUAAUGGCGAGGCGGCUUGAUAAUAUAAUAAAUACGCUUCAAGGAAUGAUUGACCAAAGUAUUGUGCCUAAAAGCGAGGAUGAAUCUGAGGACGAAAUAUCGGACAGCUGGAGCGUGGAUGUAACUGUAGAGGGAGAAGACUUCCCCGACAAUACACAUUGUAUUGAUUACCUUUCCCCACAUGUUUCCUGCAGUGAGGCUGCUGACCCGUUGGGAGGAUGGAGGUGGAAUGAUAUGAAUGAUCCAGACAUCACACCCCGGCAGCCCACCUUCAGACCCGCCCGGUCACCAGGACCACAGUUCACAAUUCCAGCCACCUACACACCCCUGCAGCUCUUCCAACUCUUCUUCACUGAUUCUAUUUUACAGACAAUCGUUAAUAACACCAAUGAGUUUUGCUCCAGUCAUGCACCCCCCGCCAUACCGUGGACUGACCUGACACUGAAGGACAUGUAUUCAUUCAUGUCUUUAGUCGUCUACAUGAGUGUGGUAAAAUGCUCUGGAUUUGCUGACUACUGGCGAGUGGGGAAACUGUAUGAAUUACCAUUUCCUAGACGGGUAAUGACUGGUAAGAAGUUCCUCACCAUCAGCAGGUCCCUUCACCUCAGCAGCUUGGUGGAUGAUGCUGCUAACGAGCAGAGGAGAGGCACGCCAGCCUUCGAUCGUCUCGCCAAAACAAAGCCACUCUACUUGGAGAUGAGGGACGCCUGCAGGAGGAACUAUCAUCCUAGCCAGGAAAUAUCUAUCGAUGAGCGAAUGGUUGCCUCCAAAGCCCGCAAUGGACUCAAGCAAUAUAUGAAAAAUAAGCCUACUCGCUGGGGACAUAAACUCUUUGUUCUGACAGACUCAUCCAGUGGUUACACAUGGGACUUAUUUAUCUAUGAGGGAAAGCUGAAGGGAACCAGUGGCAAGGGGCUUGGUUAUGAGUCUGUGAUGGAGCUAAUCAACAUACAGAUGCUGGGCACCGGCUACAAGCUCUUUGUUGAUAACUUUUACACAAGUCCCACACUUUUCCGUGACCUCCUCAAGAGGAAGAUCUGGGCGUGUGGAACCAUACGAGCGAACAGACCUGGCUUCCCCAAAACAAAGAAUAACAGCCUAGAUGCAAAAUCUCCCCGCGGCAGCAUCCGCUGGAUCAGAAAGGACUCCUUGCUCUUUGUCCAGUGGCGAGACACGAGGGACGUCUUCAUGUGUUCAACACUCCACACAGCCCAUUCCGAUGACACGGUACAAAGGAGGGUCAAAGGUGCAGAUGGGCAUUGGACCUCGAAGGACAUCCCAUUCCCACCAGUUGUGAAGGAGUACAACCAGUUCAUGGGUGGAGUGGACCCCUCUGACGGCCUGACAGGGAACUCCAAAGUCCUCCACAAGACUCAAACGUGGUAUAAGACGUUCUUUUAUCAGUUCAUGGACAUCGCAGUUGUGAACGCCUUCCUCCUCCACAAAGACAUAGCAAAAACUAAAGGAGAGAAGCUUAUCACUCAGAAGGCGUUCAGAGAGACCCUCGCAGAGCAGCUGGCUGAGGCGGGGUCUGUCUUGACAGCCAGACCCGUACCAACUCCCGCUCCAUGGGCAGCACAUCACAGGCCAGUGCACAUCAGUGGGCACAGCACCACUGGUCGCCUGAAGUGCAGGCAGUGCCAUUUGAAGACACCGCUGAAGUGUCCCUCCUGUGAUGUGCCUUUGUGCUUUGUCCCAAGUCGUGACUGCUAUAAUGACUGGCAUGUUGCUAAAAACAUGUAACAGGUGUGUGUAUGUGCGUGUAAAUAGUUAGCUUCAUUACACCGUUUAAUAAACUGUUUUUCUACCAUAU